CGGCGACGCGACGCGUUCAGUCUCGCCACGAUUUCCGCAGCAAACGUUUCGCGUUUGGGUUCCGAUCUGCGAUCGUAUUGAUCGAGCCUCGAACGACGUUGUCGACGAUGCAGCUUUUUUGCGGGAAAAUGUGCGGACCGGUGUGAUGUGUGACGUGCUUGUGAUAUCCUUGGAUCAGAACGCUCUCCGCGACUGGAUUGGACGAUUCGAUUGAAAGGAGAAAUCGCGAGAAAGGGCAGCUCUCGAGAGUGAGGUAUUCGCCACCCCCUUACCGGUAGAUUGAUACGGUAGAUUGCAAGCGCCAUGGCGAGACAACAGACCGUGGACCGAAACAUCCCUCAUCUGCGGGACAUUUUCGGUUUCGGCAGCAAAUGGGAGAACGCUCGCGGCCAAGCCGAGGAGAAGGCACCCGGGCACGAUAGCGCCGUGUCGGUGGGCUCCACGUCGGGCGAAGAGGAGAGCCCGAAGAACAGCAAGAAGAAGAAGUCGCGUCGCCGCGACAACAGCAAGACGUUGACAGAGAGCGACGUGAAGCACCUGGAACGGCAUCUCUCCAUGAAGAAGACCAUACGCAAGAAGAUUAUGCGCGACCUGCAGCAGGCCUUCGUCGAGGACCCGAACGAGUUUCGCGUGGAUGAUAUACCGCCGGAACAGCUCAAGGCAGAGAUCAAUAUCCAGAGCCUGAGCUUUGGCACGCCGUCCCAGAAGCAGGGACGCACGCGUGGCAAUGCCGAAAGCACGUUUCUCGACAUGCUACGCGGUGGUGGUCUAGAGAAAAAUGGAACGGAUGGCGAUAGGGAUUCGGGACACGGUGGGUCGCCGACCAGAGAGGCGUCCAGCGCUCAGGAUACGGAUGAUGAAUCUAGUUAUGCGUACGAGACGCCCACCGCGACGCCCACCAAAAAGAGUGGCAACUUCUGGAGACGCUUCACUAUGAAGAAUCGCAAUAAACGAUAAAUUCGCGACAGGAACCCCAGCGUGAAGAGAGGGUACCGUUACUUGAUAUUCUCCGUCAUCUCGAUAAUUUUUACCAGCGUUAUUAACGAGGCAGAGCUUGCAACUGUGAUAUACAUAAAAACCAAUUCAUCUUCACCUCUCCCUCUCCCCCGAUGACAAUCCAUCCAUCGAAUUUUAAGAGGUUCCCGAAAUUCGAUCCGCGCGCAGGACGAGGACCAAGAGAUUAAACGUACAAAUUUCGGACCAGCAGUUUUAUCAUUUGCUAUCACGACAUAUCGCCGGACAUAUUUGUAUUGUGAACCCUGAAAGACAGGUAAUAUAUCUCUCUUAAAUCAAAGGGAAAAUUCAGAUAAGAAUUUAAUUUGUAAAAUGCAAAUAGGACAUACGUACUUUCCAUUUUGAAGAAAGACAAAAAUUAAUAUUACUUUGCGUUCGAAGCUUUCGAUUUCUUAUAACUAAAUAUUUAAACGAGCAAGGUUAUUGGAAUGAUAAUAAUUCAUAAAUUCAGUUUUAACUGCAUUUUCCAUAUUUAAAACGAUAUAAAUAUUCAAGCUUUAAAAAAGAGGGAGAAAUGUGGGAGAAAGUGCAGUUAUGACAAACAGAUCUAUUUAAUGAUAGUCUGAAUAAUUUCACUGUACAUUUUUUUUUUUUUUUAAAUAUUGAAGGAGCUUCUUAAAACUUCCUGAUCCGAAAUGUAAUGAUCGAUGUGCCCGUAAUGUAAUUCCCAUCUUCUGACGCGUACUUAAAGAAAAUGUAAAGAGUAAGAAAACGGAAGCAACGUAACACGAUUUUGUGCAUAAUAUUUAAGAAUAGUUAGUGUAAUUUCUUUUAAUGUGUAAGAAUGUGGCAAAGGCAGUUGUGGGUGAUCAGCGUAAUAAGUAUAAGAGAGAUGCGUAUGUGGUAUGCGCAUCGGUUAGUAUUAGCUAGUCAAGACGUAUACCCGUAAGACCCGGUUGAUUUUCUUACUGGCAAAAUUUGAUAUCGCUUUGUUGUAAAACGAACUCGAAAGUAAAAUAUUUUUUAACUAUUUUUAUUACGCGUUCGCAGAAAUUUUUUAAGGCUUCUCACUUGAGAACACACGUACAUACAUACGUAAGGAACUUACUGAAUUAGUCGUUCAAGUGUGACGCAUUGCAUUUUUUCACUAUACACUUUAACUUAAGCUAUGUUGAUGUUUACCGAAAUCCUGUUGUUCCUACCGUUAUUCGAAGUAUCUCGCUAGUAUUAUAGGUAUCGUCAUUCGCGACGUCGAUAACGGUUCACGUAUUCUCAUCUAAUCUCCACUUUCUACUAUAGUAAUAAUAAUAAUUAUUAUUAUUAUUAUUUCUCUUAAUAUUAACUGCAACGCUAUAUAUUAGCUUUAAAUGUAUCAUACUCGAGAUCCAUCUUAUGUAAGAACAGUAAUAUACUCGAAUAAAAAUCUCAUUUGGA